AACUAUACGUUGAGGAGAAUUUUAAAAAUCUAAUUCUCAGCAAUCUAUUCGAACGAACUCCUGGGAGCAGGAACAGAAGUUUACACCGUAACCUCUUUAACGUGGUGUACAACGGUUGCCCCCGGCUAGAGUAUAUAAACAAGUACAGGUUCCCCCCACAGACCGAGGAGGGUGGGGAGAGGAAGGUGUCCAGAGGGACCUGGAUGGGGAGAAUCAAAGAAACUUUUCUUAUGAAACGUUCAGAAAACUGACCGGUUGUGUAGAUGGCAGAUGUAGAUGUAAAACUAAUUCUGUUUGCGAAAGCUCGAGAACUAGUUGGAGCUUCUGAGGUUAAUGUCAGGUUUCCACAAGAGUUAAGUUCAGAGCAUCUAAAGUCCAAGAUCAUUCAAUCUUUCCCAGUUUUAGAUAAACUUGGUGGAACUUGGUUACUGGCUCUGAACGAAGCUUAUAUUGAUACAGAUCGAGUAACCUUGAAUACCGGGGAUACACUUGCCGUCAUUCCACCGAUCAGUGGCGGAUAGUAAAAAUUAAUUUACCAAAU